GUCGUUUCAUCAGCCAACUGGACCAACAGCCCCACUCUCCGACCCUCUCUCCUUCCAGUUCCACCUCUCUCGCUCUCUCUCUCCAGUCUGAGAUUCAGUGCCUUAUUAUUUUAUCAAUUUUUCUUCAAUUUUUAAUUAUUCUUUUCAGAUUGGGCUUUCCUAGAAUAUUCGACUCCAUCCUCUUGUGAAGGAGAAGAAGAAGAAGGAGAAGAAGAAGGAGGAGGAGUUGAAGCGUGGCCAUGGCUGCGAAAUUGGGUUCCUUCAGAUACACUUUUGCAGAGAAGAGGGAGAGGUUGCUUUCUACGAAGGGUUACUCCGAGCUUGGCUUUCCCAAUAUUUAUGAGGAAGAAUAUGCACCCAGAAAUUGCUGUAGCUAUCGCUUCUGUUGCGAUAAGAUUGUUGAAUUUUGUAGAAGCGUGCAGGAUGUUACCAAGAAGGCUUACGAGAUGGGCAGGUCUGAUCCCAGGAAGAUUGUGUUCGCGAUAAAGAUAGGUUUAUCUUUGAUGCUCAUUUCUUUACUGGUUUUCUUGAAAGAGCCAAUCAAAGAACUUAGUCGGUACUCUGUGUGGGCUAUUCUUACCGUUGUGGUUGUCUUUGAAUUCAGUAUAGGAGCUACUCUUAGCAAAGGCUUUAAUCGUUUUCUUGGGACAUUAUCAGCAGGAGGCAUUGCUCUGGCCAUGGCAGAGUUGGCUCAAUUAACUGGAAAGUGGGAAGAAGUUUUUAUUAUUCUUAGUAUCUUCUUCGUAGGGUUUUGUGCAUCUUAUGCAAAACUGUACCCGACACUGAAGCCUUACGAAUAUGGAUUUCGAGUGUUCUUGUUGACGUAUUGUAUGGUCAUGGUGUCUGGAUAUAGGACCAGGGAAUUUAUCCAUACUGCAAUUACACGGUUUCUGCUUAUUGCACUGGGUGCUGGUGUCUGUUUGGUUAUAAAUAUAUGCAUUUAUCCUAUAUGGGCUGGUGAGGAUUUGCACAACUUGGUGGUGAAGAACUUCAUGAAUGUAGCAACUUCUUUGGAAGGAUGUGUUAAUGGAUACCUGAAUUGUGUUGAAUAUGAAAGGAUCCCUUCAAAAAUCCUUACUUAUCAAGCCUCAGAUGACCCACUUUACAGUGGCUACAGGUCGGCUGUAGAAUCUACGAGCCAAGAAGAUACACUGAUGAGUUUUGCUAUUUGGGAGCCACCUCAUGGUCCUUAUAAAUCAUUUUGCUACCCAUGGAAGAAUUAUGUCAAAGUAAGCGGUGCACUAAGGCAUUGUGCAUUCAUGGUCAUGGCACUACAUGGAUGUAUACUUUCUGAGAUACAGGCUCCUGCUGAGAGAAGACAAGUCUUUUGUCAGGAGUUGCAAAGGGUAGGAUCUCAAGGGGCUAAAGUGCUGCGUGAACUUGGGAACAAAGUAAAAAAGAUGGAGAAACUGGGUUCAGUAGACAUUCUUUAUGAGGUGCAUGAGGCUGCGGAAGAAUUGCAAAACAAAGUGGACAGGAGAUCUUAUCUUCUUGUCAAUUCAGAGAGCUGGGAAAUUGGAAAUCCAGCAAAGGAGCGGGGUGAGCCCCAAGAUUCGCUGAACUUUGAUGAUGAUGUGAGUAUGAAUAGAGUCCUGCAACACAAAUCCCAUAGUGAAGCUGUUCUGAAUCUCAGAUCAUUGACCAUACCAAAAAGUUGGGAUGGUCAGAAACCACCCAUCAAGGAUUUAAAGCUCCCCAUGCCUGCAGCUCCCGGUCUUUCCUCUGAGUCCAUGUUUAAGAAACAGAUAUCCUGGCCUGCGCGUAUUUCAUUUACAUCUGAUGCACUGCUACAGGUGGAAGAAUCAAAAACUUACGAAAGUGCAAGUGCUUUGAGUUUGGCUACAUUUACGUCACUUUUGAUCGAGUUUGUUGCAAGGUUGCAAAAUCUUGUGGACGCAUUUGAGGAAUUAAGUGAGAAAGCUAAUUUUAAAGAACCAGAUGAGCUAGUAUCCACAGGAGUGGCAGAGCCUACGGGUUGCUGCACCAGAUUGCUCAGAAGUAUGUUCUGGAAUUAAUUUAAGCUUUAACAUAGUUAAAGAUCUUGAGGGGCAGAAUUUUUUGAGAAGGAUCAUUACUGGUAGUCUGGAUCGCAGUUCAGUCUCACUCAUAUGGAGUUUGUAUAUUCUAUUUUCUGAAAUACAAUAAAUACUCAGUUUUGACGCUGGCUUGGGAUCAAGUCACAGGAACAAAGGAAAAUUUUGGCGCAGCCACUGAAGGUGUUGGAUAAUCUAUUCUUAGGAGUUGGGAGUUAAUAUGGAUUGGUAGUAGCUUGCAGUUGAUGAAUUUACAGUGCAACUGCAAAAUGAGAAUGUAGCAGGCUGGGUAGAAGAUGCUCCAUGGACAAAGAUGAUGCAUAUUCAUGGGACCUGCGUAUGAAUUUAGGAGCAACAGUUUUGAUGUCUAAAUAUAAAUUUAUUUUAAGAUAUUUGUCCCUCUCUUUCUCUUGUCAAGAUGCUUUUAUGCCUGCAACUGUAAGUAUGUGAAUUAACUCUGUUCUAAUGGAGAGAACCUUCCCUAAUUGCUAUGAA